AUGAUCGGCCACGGGGGCAGCGACGGCCUCCCGGGCCUCCUGCCGCGCACGGACGAGCUCCUCGAGGACGGCCUCGACGUGCUGACCGAGGUGCGGCUGAGGCAUCCUGGUCAGAGAGUCUUCCUAUGCGGGACGAGCAUGGGGGGAGCGAUCGCGGUCCAUGUGGCGCACUGCGCGGACGAGCCCGUGGACGGAGUCGUCCUCCUGUCCCCGCUGAUCAAGCCCAGGCCUUCCGACUUGCCCCACCCGGCCGCGGUCGUUGCUCUCCGCGCGCUUUCUUGGGUCGCGCCCGCCCUGGCAGUCGGGCCCCUCCCGUUUCGCCAGCCCGAGGACGACAGGAAGACUUAUGGGCCCUACGAGGGCAGGAUGCGCCUACGUUCGGCCGCUACGCUCUUGGGAGUUACCGAGCGGGUCCAGGAGCGCGUCCAGGAUUUCUCUUGCCCGUUUUUCAUCGGCGUGGGCAGUCGUGACGAAGUGAUCGACAAGAGUGGUCCGAAGGAGUUCUACGAAAGAGCGUGCACCGACGUGCAAGACAAGGUCUUCAAGAGGUACAGUGGCGCUUGUCAUGUGAUGCUCAAUGAUGAAGAGUUCAGGGAGGACAUUAUCGCAGACGUUUGCGCAUGGAUUUCGCCACGCUUGCACCGAUGA